UUAGAAGAUACAAAGGUAUGGCAGCCAUUUUAAGUGAAUGUCUCGUCCUGCGUAAGCAGUAGUGUGCGUGUAAUUUUCGCAAAGAGUCAAAAUAAUUUGUCUCGUGAUGCUUCUAUAUCCGAAAAUGUUUUAAUAAGUGCGGUAACCGUGAUUACUGGGACAAGGAAUUGGUGCAUUUAUUUAUUGGCAACUCGUCAAAAUGACUUCAGCAAAAUCUAAAGAAAUAGCCGAUGAGUACAUCUCAUCGCUGUCUGAUCUUACGAUUAAUAGCAAGCCGCUUAUCAAUAUGCUUACUAUGCUGGCAGAGGAUAAUGUUGAACAUGCAUCUGCAAUCGUCCAAGCUGUCGAAAAUCAUCUACAAAAGGUGAGGAGUGAUAUCAAGCUACCUGUACUUUACCUCAUCGAUUCUAUUGUGAAGAAUGUUAAUGGAACUUAUCUAAAUCUCUUUACCCAAAAUAUUGUGAAUACAUUUUGUGGAGUUUUUGAAAAGGUGGAUGAAAAUACUAGAGCUAGUAUGUGGAAGUUGCGGCAAACCUGGAAUGAUGUAUUUCCUGCAAAGAAGUUAUUUUCAUUAGAUGUACGAGUACAAAGUAUUGAUCCUGCUUGGCCAAUCACUGCCUCUCCUACAAGUAUAUCUUCAGGCUCCAUUCAUGUUAAUCCUCGUUUUUUAUCUAUGCCUCAGCAAACAGCAACAUCAAUCGUUCAACCAAUUGUACCGCCAGUUAAGUUACCACCAGGUGAUCCAGUAUCUACCACAGAAGCUGUAAUGCGAGAGCAACUAUUGAAGAAGCAAAGAGAAUUGUUAGAAUUACAAAAGAAAAAAAUUGAAUUGGAAUUGCUUCAAGCCAAAGCUAGUUUGGAACAACAACAGAGGCAACUUGAUAAACAAACUGGAAGCUUAAAAACAGACAUAGUUGUGCCAUCAACCACUGUUGGUCCAAGUACAGAAAGUACUACUCAAGGAAAGCCUACAACACCCGUUGUGUCGAAUCCAACACCAAAACAGGUUACAAAACAGUUUCCAGCUGCAGCUGCAUCAUUGUUGAAAAAUGCAGGCACGAAUAAUGGUCCUCGAAUUGCACCAGCAAGUAGUAUAGCAGUAGCGUCUGCUAGGCCAAUGUCACGCGAUCCUCGAUUGAAGACUGCAUCCGUUCAGGAGGUGACAACCGCGGAUCCGCGACAGCGACAGAGUACGACCGGCCAAAAGGAGAUCCGGAGUGGUGAAGGCCAAACGCAGUUAGCGCCAAAUAUAAACACUGUACUUUCAGAUCAAUUAAAACACCAAUUACUUCCGAAACAGGCUGUGACUAGCACUAUCAACAAGCCUCCGACAAAUCUUGCCGGCUCCGAUACACAAACGAUAAACGCUAGUAAUAACACUAAUGCUAAUACGAACCUCAACAAUAAUAAUAAAAGUUUCAGUGGUAACGCAAAUAAAGAUGCUGUCUCGCAUCGAACAAGUCAAAAGAAAGACCCUCGAUCGUCUAGUAAUAGUAGCAAUAACCUAAACAGUAAUUGCUCCAAAAGUGCCCAAAGUUCGUCAGUCAAUAGCAGUUCUUCGACUUUGUCAACAAGUAAUAGGGGAGGUGGAGGAAGUGACAUCAAGACAAAAGAUGUGAAGAGUUUAAGUUCACGAAGCUCUUCAUCGUCUACAAUUGACAAAUCUUCCACUUCCUCUAAAUCCUCAUAUAGAAAAAUAGGUAACAAAUCGCGUUCUAAACAACCUCAAUCGUCCCCGAGUAAGGUGCCGAAAGUCGACAGGGAUUCCAGUCCAGUUAGGUCUAAAUCACGUGAAAAAGACAGUGGAGACAGUUCACCAUCUUCGCGUACCUCUCCUCAGUCCUCUUUCCAAACUUCUAAAAAUCGCAAGAAGAUAAAAUCGAGAAAGCGCAGUCCAAGUUCCCCGUAUAGAAUACCCCGGCGUAACGACACAAAAUCCAAUUCAAGCUUAAGCAGUUCAGGUGGUGUUACUGAGGAGGAACAAUCCGGUUCAUUAAUAGUAUCUCCUCCUCAUCCACCGACAUUUAAAGAAAUCAGGCCAAACGCUAGACAAAGAAAUUAUGUACGUCGAAAUAAGGAUGAUAGUCUUAGUCCAGAACGUUCACCUGUUAAUUCUGGGAACGUUCAAGUUACCACAGAACCAACACUGGAGUCAUCCAGUAAAGACGAAGACCUCAGAGCUACAUUGCCCCUUCCUGGUACUAAUACCACCGUAGCUGAAAAGAAAGAAGAUCUAGAUCUUCGUGUCUUGCCACCAGUUAAUACAAAUAAAAGACAAAGUACUGAGCAUUUGGAACCAACAGUAAUUAAAAAGACAAAAGCAGAAAAGUUUGAUGCAUUAUUUGGAAACGAAGACGUUGAUUUGAGAACAUUGACGCAUCCUAAGGCUGGUCGACCACCGACACCACCACCACCAGUGAUUUCCGGAGAAGAUGGCAAAGACAGUUGGGCAAAACUAAAAACUCCUUCAAAGAAUGACAGAGAAAAACAAGUGAAUAAUAAUGAUGACAAACGCGAUAGAGAUCGUAAUAGAGAUAGAUUAGGUCGUCUCAGACUUUAUAAUAAAUUGCCAGACGAUCCAAAAGACAGACGAAGAACGUUGUCUAAUGAGGAUCAGGAUUCUCGACCUGGUCGAAGAGGACGCGAAAAUGAUAAACCAGAAAGAAACGAGGAUCGAAAUAUUGAAAUAAUAAUGAAACAAGCUGCAGAACAACUUAAUCAAGGAUCGAUUACAAAAACACAAUAUAAUACAUUAAUACAAGAGGUUUUGCAUAUGAGUGAAGAUCGAAAAUUGAGAGCAGCGCAGCGUAAAGAAAAAGAGGCAGGUUCUAUAGUAUGGGAAAAAGGAGUAUCAUUGGAUAUUAAUGGUCCAGUUGAUCGUACAUCUACUUUUAGCCCAUCUGGUGAAAAAGAAGUCAUAAGGAAUAAGGAUCAUCCUAUUCCUAGAAAUCCAAAUGGUCCAAGAUGGCAAAGCCAGCCAUGGCAGCAGCCAGGUCCAUGGGCACACCCACCAGGUCCUCCUUAUGGUGGCCCUCAAGCACAUUUUAAUGCAGAUUUUAGACCUGUAGGACCUUGGCAAAAUCCAAGACAUUUUGGCCCAAUGAGGCCAGAUUAUCCGUAUCAUGGUGCUUAUAAUCACAACAUUGGUCCAAAUCCUCGACUAGGGCCUGGUAUGAUGGGUCCAAUGGGUCCUAAUGGUCCCAUCAUGUCUAAUCUCUUACCAAAUGGACCGAUUGGCCCAAUAGGUAUGCCAAAUCCUUCCUUGUCAUUAUCAGGUAUGAAUGGACCUGGAAUGAUGAUGAAUAAUGGACCAAUUCCAAGUUUAAUGUCGAAUCCAAAUAUACCACCUCUGAGUACUGGAAGAAAUGUUUCACCAAAUGCUACAACAACAAAAUACGAUCUUGAAGAUGGAGAUCAAAAUUAUAAUGCUGCACUGCCGAAAAAUCAAGGUCCGCAUAGCCGUGAACUACCUCCUCCAGACCCGCAGUUAUUAGACGAAAUUGCACGAGAUACUAUGAAGUCUAUAAAUAUUGAUAAUAUCCCAAGAGAAAUCAGAUACUACGGUCAAACUGGUGUAGUUUUCAUGAAUUGGGAUGAUCCGAGAGAAAUCGGAUUCCAAGAUGGUGUAAGGCGAAUUUUAAUAGAUGAUAAAGAUACUAUAACUUGUGCAUUCAAUGAUCAGUAUAAAGAAUUCAUUUAUGAUGGAGAAGUUCACAGAAUAAAAUUGGGUGCACCAACAAGAGAAUUGUACGUUGAUGAUCGUUGGUACGAAUGUUAUUUUGGUGGAAUGCCUGUAACUAUAGAGCUUGGUGGUAAAAAAGUAAAUAUAAAAUUAGAAGGUCCUCCGCCGCAAGUAAAGAUUGGUACUGUUAAAAGAACAGAUUUAGUAGUUGCUAAAAUUAAUCUUAUAAUUAAUGCUAGAAAUAUGGUGCCUGUCUUUUUGGAUGCAAAACCACAAAUAUUUGAAAUUGAAGGCAAGCCUCAUACAUUAGAAUUCAUAGACGCUUUGCAAACGGUACUUUUAAAUGGUCGACCGUUUAAAGUUGAAUUUGGAGGAUUACCUAAGCCGAUCAUUGUAAGAGAUAAAAAACAUUUUAUUAGAUUUUCUGUAUUACCGCGAGGUAUACGUGCUGGAUACGUUAAGAUAGCAGGAAUGAGAGGUGAAGAACCCAUUGAAGCACCAUCAACUCCACCUUUAUUAAAUCAAAAACCUAAAAUUGAUACUACUCCUGCUCCUACUCAGCUUCCAUCUAUAGAACAGGAAUCUACAUCUCAAGAUGGUUCAGAUCUCAGAACUACACCAAAACCAGAUUUACAAUUGGAUAUUCUAUCUUCUGUUCUACCAUCUGCCAUGGCACCAUCGUCUGGUUUGUCUUAUCAAGCAGAACCGGCUGAAAAUCCUCCUACUUCGACUCCAGCUUUAUCAUUGCCAUUAAAUAUGAAUGAAUUAUUCCAGCGUUUAGUUGAGACUGGUAUUGUACCAAAUCUUACAGAGAAAAAGAAACAGGAAGAAGAAGAGAAAAAGGAUCCAGAAAUUAUUCCUGUUUCUUUUGAUAAGCCAGAAACGCUUAAAGUGAAGCAAUCAGCCAUAGCUGCUGCUUUGUACAGUGGAAUGCAGUGUAGUUCCUGCGGUGCAAGAUUUGCACCUGAAUUAGCAACGCGAUAUAGUCAUCAUUUAGAUUGGCAUUUUAGACAAAACAGACGUGAACGAGAUUCUGCGAGAAAAGCACAUUCUCGACCGUGGUAUUAUGACGUUAGCGAUUGGAUACAGUUCGAGGAAAUCGAAGAUCUUGAAGAUAGAGCUCAAAGUUGGUUUGAAACGGAAAAGCAAACAGCAGAAAUAGAAGGUAUUGCUACUGAGGAUACACCACAAGAAACACAACAACCAAGUGUUCCUACUGGCUCUGAUGAAGAUUCUAGAUGUCAAGUGUGUCACGAUGCUUUUGAGCAAUUUUACAAUGAGGAAAAGGAAGAAUGGCAUUUAAGGCCAGCAAUUAGUUAUGAAGGAAAAAAUUUCCAUCCGCUAUGUCUUGAAGAUUAUAAGGAAAAAAGUCUUGUGAGAGCUCUGGAAAAAACUGCUUUGGCACUUGAGGAAACAAUCGGAGAAAUGGAAGAUGAAAAGAAAAGUGGUGUAGAAGAAUCUAUUGUAGAAGAAGAAAUUAAAAUUCAAGUUUCAAAAAUAGAAAGUAAUAUUAUUGAACAAUCGACUAUUCAACAAGAAGAUACAGUGCUUAUAGAAGAGCAAAAAGUUUCUGGAAUUGAAGAUGCAGAAGAUUCUACGAGUUUAAAAAAUAUGGAAAAUCAACAAGAUGAAGAAGUGGAAGACGAAAAGAUCGAAAAUACAGACAAUGACAAAUUGAAGGUAGAAGAAUUAGAAAAAAUAGAAAUACAUUUACGAGCGGACGAAGAAAAAUCUCAAAAUGAAUCAAUCGAAAGUAAUUCAUUCGAAAAUAUAAAAAUCAAAGAAGAGCCAUUGGACGAAAUCGAAGAGCAAAUAGAAGAACAAUUUGACUUUACUAAUAUAGAUAUUAAAGAAGAACCUAUAGAACCUGAGCCAGAUCCAGAAGAGAGCAUAGUAAGUGAACACGCAACGGUAGACACAACGUAUGCAGCUGUGAAAAGUUCUAUUGAUGGAAAUGUGGAAUUGGAUUCUACUCCGGCAACAUUACCAACAACACCAUCUCGUAUUAAAAUCAAUAUUACAAAAGCCUUGAAUACUAGCAAGGAACCUGAAGAACCAAAGGAGAAACAAAUUGUGGAGCCUCAAGUUGAAGAGCAAACAGAGCCUUUAGUGCCUGCUUCUAUCAAACCUACUUUGCUAGGUAGAAAAUUAUCUACCUUACCUCCCGUAGAAAAGGGACAAGAAUUAUCUGGACUCUGUUCAAUAAUGUAAAUAGUAUCUGUAAAAUAUUUUACGCGAAUCUAUGGACACCCUAGCGGUUUGUGUGAAGUAUGUGUUCGCGAAGGAGUUUGAUUUAUUCAUAACACCUUUUAACAUUAAGUUCGUAUAUUGUAUAUCACCUUUUGUGCGGCUCGUACGACAUGAUGUGAAAUGUUUAUUUAAAUAUUUUAAUAUCGUGCGUACAAUAAUAGCCAUAUCUUGAAAUUGUUAUUUAUAUAUUUUUCUUUUUUUCUUCAGUUUCAAAAUUUUAGGUAAAAAUUUUAAUACGUGUAUCAUUAUACACGAUAAUAUUUCAUUUAUUACUGUCGACUACGAGAUAAAAAACAUCACGUCGUAAGAGUUAAGAAUACUUUGUAAUAUGUGCAAGUGUGAAUGUGUAUGUAUGAAUAUUUGCCGUUAUAUGUAGUAUGAGAGAAAAGUUGCAUGUGUAUGAUGCAAGUGAAAUGAUUGAAGUGAAGUAAUAAGGUGAUGUAGCAUUCCUAAUAGUAUUGAGUGCAAUCACAAUUCGUGACAUGUCAACAAAGUUAGAAAUGUCAUGAAGAUUUACGAUGGUCUGCACAAGACUUAUUGAGAAUUUCGUACCGUUUGUACUUUGUAAACUACAAAUUCUGCAUAGGUUAAUUUAUAAAAUUACUGUUCGUUUAAGAGGUGCUUCGUGGAACUAUACACAAAAAUCAUUGCACCUAACAGGAUUAUUUAUAAAGAAUCGAAUUUGCCCGAAUCAAUUGUUAAAAAUGUACAAAUUGUGUGAUAUGUGAUUGUCUGUUGCAUUGUACAUACUUUCAACAAUGAUAUGAUCACAAUGAGAUUAGGUAAGACACAAAAAUUAGUACUAGAGUCAUUAUUUUGUUGUAUAAAAGAAGACUUGUUGAUUA